UUGGCGGCAGAGAAAUUCACCCUGCCACGUUCUCGGAUAUUAGGCAAGAAAACUCUCUCCGUCUCUCUGUCUCUCUCCCAAAGCAAACAUAUAUGGUGCGCAUUUACACUACCUGCACGCGACCACUUCCUCCUAAGUUGUUGAGUCAAGAAGAUAUUAAACCAAACAAGCUCCAUCACCACCAGACUAGAGAGACGGGAUACGAGGAUGGCGCCCAUAUCCAAGAAAUGGUUCAGAGUGGUCCGAAGAAAGUUUCACAGAUCAUCUCACACAGACACCAUUUUUUCCGAUUCCAAAACAAGCCCAAAAAUUUCAAGUUCCAGUGAAGAAACAACAGUUGCUGGACAAGAAAUAUUCAAAACAGCGAGUUUUGAAGAAGAUAAUGUUGCAGCUUCACCAACACCAUCGUCAUCAUCCCUAAAGAAGGAUUCAACCAAAGCCAUUAAAAUCCAACCAUUUUUUAGAGGCUAUCUUGCAAAACCGGCAUUUCGAGCUCCUAAGAGCGUGGUAAAAACCUCAAGAAGUACUAUACGAUUGGGGAAGUCCCGGAGUUGCUUCAGAAUAGCUCAAAGAAAGUCCCGUAAACCAUCUCACACCAACAAUAGAGCUAGCAGUUCCAUUGAAGAAGCCUCUGAAGACCCCACUGUUGCAGCUUCAUCAUCCCAGAAGACAGAAAUGACCAGAGAAGAUAUGGCAGCGGUCAAGAUCCAAGCAUUUUUCAGGGGCCAUCUUGCAAGACGGGCAUAUAGAGCACUUAAGAGUCUAGUGAAGCUACAAGCAGUGGCUCGUGGGGUGUGCGCCAGGAGACAGGCACGUAUAGCCCUACAUUGCAUGCAUGCGCUCACACGAUUGCAGGUCCGGGUUCGUGCACGACAAUUACUUAACAGUGAAGAGGUGGUAUGAUGAUUAACGCAUCACAACGUGAGGAUCAGAAUCUAUUUCACUUAAAAUACAGCGGAUCCUAUUUUCUAUCUUGACAAGUUUUACGAAGUGUCCCUAUGUGUACCUUUAUAUUUUUUUAGACGCUGUAACAUAAA